GGAAAUCGGGAAAUACUAUGUGUACACCAUAUGGGUACACCACUUCUACCCCAUACAUACCCCCUUUCCAUAACCCCCUCCUCCUCCCUCCCCCAUCUUUCCAUAACCCCCCUUCUCUCUCUCUCUCUCUCUCUCUCUAUCUCAGAUUUUUCCGACGAAGCAGGAGCGAGCGACUACCGGAAGACCAGUCCUCCCAGAGCUCCUUUUUGGUCUUCCUCGUUCUUCCUCUGUAGCAACCCCUACUUCGCCAUCCUCCAUCCAGUGCAUCCGUAAAAGAUCCAACUUGGCAAAGAGCGCCUCCUUCGUCUUCUUCGAUCGGUUGCACCCAUCUGGACACUGUAAAACAACAAAUUAAAGGUGUUGAUGAUUUUUGCCAUGGAGGGCCUAAGGAUUCAAAAUUAAUAUUUUACAAUAUCUAGAAAGGAAUAUUUUACAACAUUAACAAGAUGUGUUGAAGUUGUGUGCUGAAAGAUUGCUUCUUGCAGAGAAUGGCCGAAGUCAAUAUUGGUGAUGGAAAAGAUGGAAUCAUCACAUGUCACUAGAAUUUUUUAUUCUAAAAUUUUGAAGGAUGUAAUGUUUGGUAUAUAAAGUUUGGGGGUGUUACAAUUUUGGAUGUUUUUAGUUCUUUUGCUUGCUUUAAUUGUGGAAUUGAAAAGGAAAAUUUAAUUUUGCUUCGUUUGUUUCUCAUUCUUGAAAACAAUAUCUCAUUGUGCUAUAUUAUAACUUACACUUUAUUGUAACUA